AUGGAAGCUAUCGUUUAUACUUUUUUACUUGUUGGAACACUUGGAAUUAUUUUCUUUGCAAUCUUUUUCCGUGAACCACCACGUAUUGCAAAGUAA